AUGGAGUCAAUGGACUGGGAGGCAAGUUCUAGCAGUAGCAGUUCUCUGUACACUCCAUCCACAUCGUCAUCCCUUCCUCUUCCUGGAGGCGAAUACGAUGUCUUCUUGAGUUUCAGAGGCCCAGACACUCGUCUCACCUUCACCGAUUUCCUCUACACCUAUCUCGAAGACGUCGGAGUUCGAACCUUUCGGGACGAUAACGACCUUCGCAAAGGGGAAGAGAUCGGCCCUGAACUCCUCAAAGCCAUCACUGAGUCAAAGAUCUCCAUCCCAAUUUUCUCCACAAACUAUGCUUCCAGUAAAUGGUGCCUUCGCGAGCUCGCCAAAAUGGUGGAGUGCAGGAGAACUCUAGGGCAAUUGAUUUUACCCAUUUUCUACGAUGUCACGCCCUCGGAUGUGAAGGAUCAAUCUGGUUUUUACGAGAAGGCCUUUCGCGAGCACGAGAGGUGUUUGGAUGACAGGACUGUUGGGGAAUGGAAGGAGGCACUGAGAGAGGUUGGAGCACUCAAGGGUUGGGAAGUCAAGAAAGAAGCUGAUGGGUAUCAAGGAAAACUAAUAAAGACGAUUGUUCCAAUAGUUUUGAAAGAGUUAGAGAAGAAUCACAAGGUUGUAACUGAAAAAUUGGUUGGAAUCGAUCAUCAUGUAGAAGAAGUUAUGAGAUCAUUGAACAUUGUAUCCAAUGAUGUACGGAUUGUUGGUAUCCACGGCUUGGGUGGUAUUGGCAAGACAACUAUUGCCAAGUACAUCUACAAAAAGCUCAUUGAGUUCUUUCAAUGUGGUAGCUUCCUUUCAGAUGUUCGAGAAACAGUGCAACAUCGCAAAGCACAGAUUUUCCAGGAAAAAGUUCUCAUUGUUCUUGAUGAUGUGGAUGAGAGCUCUCAAUUUGAUAGGCUUGUUGGAAAGCGUGAUUGGUUUGGUUCAGGAAGUAGGAUCAUUGUUACAACCAGAAACAAACAUGUUUUAAAUGUGCUUAACGUGGAUGGGAGUUAUGAACCCCCAGAAAUGAAUGUUGAGCAGUCUCUUCAGCUUUUCAGCAUACAUGCCUUCAGAAGGGAGCUUCCACCAAAGGAGUUCAAUAGUCUCUCUAGAGAGAUUGCAUCCACUGCUGCAGGGCUUCCUCUAGCUCUUGAAAUUAUAGGUUCAUUUUUAUGUGACAAGGAGAAAGUGGCAUGGGAAGAUACAUUGAAGAAGUUGAGGAAAAUACCAGAUGAUGAAGUUCAGAAGAAGUUGAGAAUAAGUUAUGAAGCAUUGAAUUAUGAGCAAAAACAGAUAUUUCUUGAUAUUGCAUGUCUUUUUAUAGGGACGGAUAAAGCAACUGUAUUUCACAUGUGGGAUGACUGUGGCUAUUAUCCACAGAAGGAAAUUAAUGUCCUUUGUCUAAUGUCUCUAGUAAAAAUGGAAGAUAAUGUAUUAAGGAUGCAUGAUCAGCUUAGAGAUCUUGGUAGGGAAAUUGUCCGUCAAGAAAAUUUCAAGAAUCCGGAGGAGCAUAGUAGAUUGUGGAAUCAUGAGGAGGCCUUGGAAAUAUUGGAGGAACGGAGGGGAACUGAAAAGGUUGAAGCCCUGAGUCUUUGCUUUGAAUUAGGAUCUCAGAAUAUGCCCUGCUUUACAAAUGAGGAUUUUGCGAGACUAGUGAAUCUCAGGUAUCUCCAAGUGGAUUGCAUAGACCUUGUUGGGGAUUUUAAGCUUCUUCUGUCCAGGUUAAGAUGGCUCCGUUGGCAUAGUUGCCCCCUGCAAUUUAAACCCACCAACUUUCAUAUAAAGAAUCUAGUCAUUCUUGAUCUAUCAGAUAGUGACAUCACAGAAGACUGGGAGUGUUGGAACCAAAUCAAGGUGGCAAAGAAGUUGAAAGUUCUAGAACUUGCUAAUUGUGGUUUAAGAAGAACUCCUGACUUUUCAGCAUAUGCAACUUUAGAGAUAUUGGUUCUUCGAGGCUGUAAAAGCUUGAUUGAAAUUGAUUCAUCCAUUGGUAAUCUGAAGAAUUUAAAAGUGCUUGACAUUUCAGCUGCUCAUCAAGUAAGGAAGUUACCUGAUGAAAUUUGGAUGUUGGAGAAGCUGGAAGUGAUAGAUGCCUCAAAAUGUCUUUACUUGAAGGGUGAUAUUCCUAGUAACAUUGGGAGACUUUCAUCUUUGAGAUUUUUGAACUUCUAUGGUACUGAAAUUCAAAGCCUACCAACGAGCAUUUGGAGGCUUUCUUGCCUCCAAACACUUAACUUGGGAGAUUGCAAAAGGUUUCGAUUUCUUCCAGAGCUUCCCUCAAGUUUAAAUAGCCUGAAUGUCACUAAUACAUUCCCUAAUCUCCCAAAUUUGGUUAAUUUACAGCAAUUGCAAUGCUCCGACUACCAAAAGCUUGUGGAGAUACCUAGAGAUAUUGGGAAAUUAUCCAAAUUGGAGACAUUGGUCUUGCGGUCUAUCAACAUUAGGUCACUACCAGGAGAGAUUGCUGCCCUUCGACAGCUCAAGCUACUUGAUGUUUAUCUAUGUGAAAAUCUUCAAAGUAUCUUGGGGUUUCCCUCAAGUCUGGUUGAGCUAUCUCUUAGUGGUUGUAAUUCAUUGGAAAUAUUGCCAGAUCUGUCAAAUGUGAAGAAUUUGUUGGAAUUAAGCCUUGAGGGGUGUGAAAAGCUGACAGAGGUUCAAGGGCUUGGAAAAUUAGAAUUAUUGACAAGUUUGGACAUAUCUGAGUGUGAUAAGCUAGCCAGCCUUGAUGUGCUUGAACAGUUAACAUCCUUAACAUCCUUGGAGAUGCGUUGUUGCAAAUAUCUUGAAAAGACACCAGAUCUGUCAAAGUUAAAAAGGUUAAAAAGAUUAGAUGCUUAUGAUUGCCCAAAACUCAUUGAGAUUCAAGGACUUGACAAAUUGGAAUCACUGGAAGAUUUGACUAUGAGUGAUUGCAUAUCCAUUGCAAGAUUACCCAAUCUGUCAAACUUAAAAAAGUUGGCGCGCUUGGAACUUGAUAAUUGCAAGAAAUUACGUAAGAUUAAGGGCCUUGAGGCUUUGGAAUCUCUGAAGGUACUGGAUGUGUCAGGUUGCAUAUCACUGAAAAGCAUACCGCAUUUGCCAAACACAAUGGUUUGGCGAUUCAAGAAUCCGUUCUAUUGAAGAAUUAAAACCAUAACAUUGCUGGACAUUUUUGGUGCAAGUGAAUUUAGAGACUAUUAGAUUUGUCGGACACAGGUUUCAGCUGAAGGAGAGAGCCGGGGGGG